UGUGAGCUGUUUUAACGACACAUAUGUAGGUCGUUCGCUUAGUGGAAACUCUGGCUGCCAUGCUAUUUGAUACUGCGUGUGUGAGUGGAGUGGAGAGAUCUGGCAACAGCUGGGGACGGAGUUAGCCGGAGUCCGAGCCAUAUCUGAGACGAGGCAAGCCCACCCAUAUUAAAGCCAAAAAGUGACACACAAAAGGCGAGCUAUAUAUACGUUGUGUAUGUGCCCUUAUAGUACAGGGUGAGUGACCGGUGUUGGGGUGAGAAAUAAGCAGUGUUGGACGUUGACACAUGACAACUAUGCCGGUAUGUCCGACGCCAGUUCAUCCAGGGAGAUAAACUCUGGUGAGUCCUUAUGAUGCAUAAAACAAGUGAACGGGACAAAACUAUGCGAUCGCGUCAACAACAUGAACGGCAUCGACUUUUCUGUGGUCCUGUAUUAUCUGGCACGAUGACUGCGACAUGGAUCCUCUAGGCUGUAAGAUUAUCUGUGUGUUCGGUAUAUUGGUGACAAAGUUAGUCUUCGGAUUGUUUCCAUGCAGCUUCCAUGAACCUUUAAAACGUUUGGCAGCUCGUACGCCUGCGCGUCGGAAAUACUUCUGCCUGUUUGUGGAGUGCUUCCACUGUUUUGCUGCAGGCACUCUGCUGUCUAUGAGCUUUCUCCACAUUUUCCCGGAAUGCCAGAGAAUUCUUCGCGGUAUUACAGGACAUGAUCUGUCACAUAACAAAUUUCCUCUGGCCGAGAUGUUGACCGCACUCGGGAUUUACCUGUUAUUGCUAAUUGACAGGAGUAUUCACUGCUUGCAGAGGAGUCAGUGUCGGAAUCCGCCGACACAAGCCCAAUCUACGGAGAGUGUAUGUUCUACAACGGGAUAUCCAACACUGACAUCAUAUGAGUUGACAAGAAAACAAAGUCUGACUGAAGAUGAAAUUGAUAUGUCUGACAUCAUUGCCGAAAACCAUGCUGACCUGACGAAUCCAAAAUUGACGCAGUUGUCAGUUGAUGAGCACGGCGUGUCACUGCCUGUCGAAUUGUACCUUCCUGUCGAACACAAAGAAUUUCAGAUGUUAUAUGUGAACGGUGGAGGACGAAAAUCUGCAAAACUUGCCAUCAUUUUUGUUAUUGCAUUGAGUUUUCAUAGUUUCUUUAGCGGACUUGCGCUGGGAUUUCAACGUGGAGCGGUUUCCGUUUGGUUGUUAUUUGUAGGACUUGCCUUACGAGAGGUAGUGCAUAGUUUUAGUCUGGGACUUGAGUUAGCCAGAUUCACUGACAAAAGAUAUCAGAGUUUGUUCGGGAUCGCUGUCACGGCGACAAUUGCCGCAGCUGGAGUCGUCGGAGGAACCCUGCUGGAAUCUGCCACCUAUUACAAUACAUCCCUCAUUUCAGUUGUGACCAUAUUUCAGUCUAUUACAAACGGCGCCAUCUUGUAUAUAGUAUUUUUUGACGUUUUUCUGCCUGAAAUGGAGGAGGAUUACACUUAUGCGCAUGUGAUAUCAUCUCUGGUCGGAUUCGGAGCCAUGACAUUAUGUAUUGGAAUUUUGCUGUGAGGAAUAAAGUGGGAAGAAAUUCCUGACUACAGUUUUGUGCCAAAGACGAACGUGUUUGACCGGUUUAAAGGCUAGCAUUAAGAUUUUAAAAUCAUUUUGCCCAAAAAAUGUGGAAGCAGCUACAUUUAUGCUUGAAUCUGCACAAACAUAACGGAAGUGGUGUACGUCUGAGUUAUUAUAUGAAUUCAAAUAUUUGUACAUUAUCUCUUCGUUUCACUGAAGUUUUACAUUACAUCUCUUCACACAUACUCUCAGUCUAAGGUAAAUAUACCAACGUAAUAAAAAUCCGAUCACUUGUUAUAUUAAGAAUCUGUGUUGCCAUCAUGAUUUAUUGAACAAGUUAUGACGUCAUUUCAUGGAAUGAAUAUUUGAAGAAGCCGGUAAGCUACAAAAAAUGAAGCCCACUUCACCACUCCCCACGAUAGCAUCACAUUGUAGACAAAUGUCUCUCGACUUAUAUAAUUCAUUACCCAUGUGGGUGCAUUCUUACAUGAUUGCUUUUGUAAUAGCCACCCAACAAUCUCAAUAUUACUCACUUUUUACAACAAAGAUUUUCCAGAAAA